CGGCGUCGUUCCAUUUCUUUCCCAAUCUACAUUUCCACAUUCACUGCACAAAGUCACGAACGCUAUCAAAAAAGUCUCUCGGAAAUGGCAGCUCAUUCUGUAACCAGUCUUCAAUGGAAAACACAUUCAAUAAUCAAUCAAAGACCCAAUCUUCGAAAGACUAUACACAAAUCUCAAUUGCCUCAUUCUCUUAAAUCCUACACUUCAUUAAACCAUUCUACCUUCUUAAAAAACUGUUCUUUGCAAUCCUCAAUUCCCAGUCCCCACGUAUCCACGCGCCGCCCCGUCUCCGCCACAGUCCUCUCCAGCCUACCUACUGCGAAUCCAGAGAGAUUUGUUUCUGCUGAUAAAGUUCCAAAGUGGUCAUGGAGGGCGAUUAAGGCAUUUGCUAUGUCUGAAUUGGAGGCAAGGAAGCUCAAGCAUGCAAAUACUGGGACUGAGUCCCUUCUUUUGGGAGUCUUAAUUGAAGGGACUAAUCUAGCUGCAAAGUAUUUAUGGACAAACGGAAUUACUCUUCUCAAAGUGCGUGAAGAAAUUGUUAAGUUACUUGGAAAGGCUGACAUGUACUUUUUCCCUCCUGAGCAGCCUCCUUUGACAGAAUCAGCUCAAAAGGCCCUUGAUUGGGCUGUUGAUCAUAAGCUAAAAUCUGGGAAUACUGGGGAAGUUACAACAACUGAUUUACUUCUUGGUAUCUGGUCAGAAGUGGACUCCCCAGGUCACAAGGUAUUGGCUACACUUGGCUUCAAUGACGAGAAAGCCAAAGAGCUGGAGUCUUUAAGUUCUGGACCUGGGUUUGUAGAUGGAUGAGGCCUUCAGUGUUCUUUAUGAGCAGUGACGUGUUAUUUAUAAUCAGAGAUUGAUAGAGGAUGGUAAUCUGCGUGUCUGAAAUUGCACACCUGUCAUUCUUGCAUGGAAAUUUUGGGGAAGUAGCAGAAGUUGGCAAUUGUAUCCUCAAUGAGCUGUAUAAGUUGCUUUCCACCUGGCUAAUUGAAUAAAUGGAAAUUUCUGGAUUUUCUUAA